AAUCUCCAAACCUUAAUCAAAUCCAUUUCGCUCCAACAAAACCAGUGCAAGGGCAAAACUGCAAAAGCUCUCUACAACAGGUGAGUAUCUUUUUUAUAUAUUAAAAAAAAAGGUAAGCAAAGGAGUUAAGGAGUUGCAAUAAAAGUUGGCAUAAAGACAAGAAGCAACUUCUAAAACGGUGCGUUGAAGCGAAGAGCUCGUGGUGCAGGUUGGUCGUGGAUCUGAAUUGUGAAUUGCGAAGUCCGAAUCCCUGCUCCUUAUUUGCCUUCACUGCAGUUGAACGAUUCAUCUUCACGUAAGAUGGUGCUCACAUCCUCUGCGCGUGAUUACAUCAACCGCAUCUUACACGACAUCUCCGGCAUGAAGGUUCUCAUCCUCGAUUCUCAGACGGUUGGUAUUGUGAGUGUUGUGUAUUCACAGUCAGAGCUUCUUCAGAAAGAAGUGUUUUUGGUAGAGUUGGUAGAUUCUAUUUCCAAGUCAAAUGAAUCAAUGUCACAUCUCAAGGCCAUUUAUUUCCUUCGACCUACAUCAGAGAAUAUCCAGCUUUUGCGCCGCCAGCUGGCUAGUCCCAGAUUUGGAGAGUAUCACCUAUUUUUCUCCAACAUAUUGAAGGACACUCAGAUUCACUUACUUGCUGAUUCAGAUGAACAGGAAAUUGUCCAACAAGUUCAGGAGUUCUAUGCAGACUUUGUUGCCAUUGAUCCUUAUCAUUUCACUUUGCACGUGCCUUCACAUUACAUAUAUAUGCUCCCAGCUGUGAUAGAUCCUACAACAGUGCAGCGCUUCUGUGAUCGGGUUGUUGAUGGUCUUGCAGCUGUUUUUUUGGCAUUAAAACGAAGACCAGUAAUUAGAUAUCAAAGGACAUCUGACAUUGCAAAAAGGAUAGCACAGGAAGCAUCUAAACUUAUGUACCAAGAGGAAAGUGGUCUUUUUGAUUUUAGGCGAAUGGAAGUUGCUCCAUUGUUGUUGGUGAUUGACAGGAGGGAUGAUCCUGUAACCCCAUUGCUAAAUCAAUGGACCUAUCAGGCUAUGGUUCAUGAACUAAUAGGAAUCCAAGAUAACAAAGUUGACUUAAAAUCCAUUGGUAAAAUUCCAAAGGAUCAGGAGGAGGUUGUGUUGUCAUCAGAACAAGAUUCCUUUUUCAAAACAAACAUGUAUGAGAAUUUUGGAGACAUAGGUAUGAAUAUCAAGCGGAUGGUUGAUGAAUUUCAGCAAGUGUCAAAAAGUAGCCAAAACAUCCAAACAAUAGAGGACAUGGCCAAAUUUGUUGACAAUUACCCCGAGUACAGAAAAAUGCACGGAAAUGUGACAAAACAUGUGACUUUAGUAACUGAAAUGAGCAAGAUAGUUGAAGAGCGGAAACUUAUGUCAGUUUCACAAACAGAACAGGAGUUGGCUUGCAAUGGAGGGCAAGGAGCUGCUUUUGAGGCAGUGACAAAUCUAUUAAACAAUGAAAGCAUAUCAGAUGUGGACCGACUACGGUUGGUCAUGCUGUAUGCUUUAAGAUAUGAGAAAGACAGCCCUGUUCAAUUAAUGCAGCUCUUCAACAAACUGGCUUCCAGAUCUGCCAAGUACAAACCUGGGCUUGUCCAGUUUCUUCUGAAGCAAGCUGGUGUUGACAAGAGAACAGGUGAUCUUUUUGGAAAUCGAGAUCUAAUGAAUAUUGCCCGUAACAUGGCUCGUGGUUUGAAGGGUGUUGAGAAUGUUUACACCCAGCACCAGCCACUUCUGUUUCAAAUCAUGGAAAGCAUUGUUAAAGGGAGGUUGAGAGAUGUGGACUACCCGUUUGUUGGAAAUCACUUUCAACAAGGAAGCAGGCCACAGGAUGUGAUAAUCUUCAUUGUUGGUGGAACAACUUACGAGGAAUCAAGGUCUGUUGCUAUGCAAAAUGCCAGCAAUACCGGCAUUCGUUUUAUACUUGGUGGCUCUUCUGUUCUUAAUUCUAAAAGGUUUUUAAAGGACUUGGAAGAAGCUCAAAGGGUAGCUCGUUCUAGCUCCAGUCUUUGAAGUUUAUCCUUCCAUAUUUUGCAUCUUGAGGGCCAGAUGUAGUUUUUACAGCCUCAGGCUGGAGAUUUCUGCUUUGAACCCAUGUAUAUGUAUUAAAAGAUGUUGCAGAAGGAGCUUGAUGUGCGGAAUCAAACGCAAUCCAUUGUUGCUGCAGAAGACGAUCAUCAACCAUUUAACAGGUUAGGUACUAGUUAGUUCGUUCCAGAUGAAUGUCAUUUGAGAUAAAAGUAUGAGAACUUCAAGGACAAACCAUCCGCCCCUCUCUUUUGUUCGUGGGGAAAAAGUAGACAACGGAACAGAUAGGUACAAUGAAAGAAACCUUUUUGUGUAAUUUUUGGUCAUCACUUUGGCUGAUCAAGUCAAAUGGUUUAAUCGACACGUUUGCUAAUGAAAGAACAAUUUUGUAUAAUCAUGUAAUGAAUGUCCAUUCUUUUGUAUACCAACAGAUGUCUUCCAUUUGUAGAUUUACGAAUCCAUAAUAAGUUCAGGCUGUGAGACUAAGAUGUGAUUAAUAUCAUUUAUUAUACAAUGCAUUUGUUAAUGCCA